CUCAGUCUAACUGUUCUCUUGGGUAUCUGUUGCAGCUGCGUCCAUGCAGCUGUUUAUGGCCCAGUUAUCAGCGCGAACUUCCCAGACCCGGCCAUCCUUGUCACACCUAAUGUAACAUAUGCAUAUGCAACUAAUUCAGGGAACAUCAAUAUACAGGUUGCAACAUCAUAUGAUAAUGGAACGACGUGGACACUGCUAAAUGGGACGGACGCGCUUCCGGACGUUGGUCCGUGGGCAAUCGUUAACUCUACAUGGGCACCCGACGUUAUCGACCGAGGUGACGGCACGUUUGUCAUGUACUAUGCGGCCGAAUCUCCCUCGCAAAACACGCACUGCGUUGGAGCUGCAACUUCAACGAACGCUGUGGGUCCCUACACACCAGAGGCACAGCCCAUUGCUUUCCAGACCGCGGGUGGUGGUGCCAUUGACCCGGCUGGGUUUCAGGAUGUCGAUGGCCAACGCUAUAUUGUUUACAAAGUCGACGGGAGCAGCCUUGGUGGGGGAGGUCCUUGUGGGAAUGCAAACGGACAAUACUCCACGCCGAUCAUGUUGCAGAUGAUGGAGGCGGAUGCACUUACACCGAUGGGAAACUCUGUUCAGAUCCUCGACCGUGGUCCGCAGGAUGGUCCGUUAAUCGAGGCACCUGUACUUAUCCUGCACAACGGAACCUACGUGCUCACAUUUUCCUCAAACUGCUACAACACCGACCUGUACGACAUUUCUUAUGCCACCGCGCCUUCCAUCUCUGGACCGUACACAAAAGCAUCGUCACCCCUCCUUGUAACAGGGGAUGACGGCCUCACUGGACCAGGGGGAGCAACUCCAACACCUGAUGGCACAUUUAUGGUAUUUCAUGCAACAGUCAACUUCAAUCCCUUGACGAGAUAUAUGUAUACAGCUACGAUAUCGUGGAAUGGUACCGUGAUGAGUGUAUGAUUUACUCGGUGUACUGUCUACCAGUGUGGUCAGAGUCUACUAGUAAGGGAAACUAGCAUUCAGAUACUUCUAUUCCCCGUAACCCGAUGCAGAAGUACUUGUGUUUGUAGACUAUGUUUUCCGUCGUCUUCUCACCUUUACGAUCGAUUUUGUUGCACGAAAACGUCGAGCCCUUGCAACGGUAAACGGAUGGCUCUAGUCGCACCAGCGGUUGCUUUAGCGUUACGAUUGUACCUUCACGCGAAGACGGAUUUCGUCCCUCUGGACUGGAAAGACCUAAGGCUGCACUUUGGAAAACUACCUAUUAGAGUUGAUUUUUGAGAUUUCGGCUCUUCUCUAUCAUGGCCCAUGUAUUCAUGCAUAUCCUAGGAUAAACACCUUUGAGUCAUUCUCUCCUUGUCUGAGUCGCAAUGGAAGGCACAUUGAGUAUCAG